GGCUAUUCAAGACGCGGCUAUGGCUUUGCAUGGGUAAAGACCCUGCUACUGGUACCACCAGAUUCGGUGGAAACCCAUGUUCGAGGAGGGGCCUUGGAUCACGGCCAUACUUAAAUACGACGGGGGAGACGAGAUGAGACUGAGGAUCAACGUGGAAGGAGGAAAAGAGGUGGAGAUGCGGACUGAUGGGAAGCCUCAGGACGCUAUGACGGAGAUGAAAGACCGUGUGGAGAGGCGUUGCCGGAGGGACGACGUGACGGCAAAAAUGCAGGUAACGGUCUCGUAUCAUGAGACCGAGACCUCCAUGGAUACAGCGGACCUGGAACAAGCCCAUGUGGACAGGGACUCAGGUGGGGGGAGCGAAAUGAGUGAGACAGGGGAUCGGGAAAUGAACCUCAGAUCCUGGAAUAGACCAGGCGAGAUCCAGAGGCACCACCGGGCUGUGAAGCCGGUGGAAGAGGGACCCGAGGCCAGCUCUCGACAGCUGACAGCCAGAGGCCGCAGGAUGGGUGAGAAGCAGAGCAGAGGGAAAAGGCAUGUGUGAGAGGGCACGCAAUAGGUCAACGAGAGGAAAAGCAGUGCGGGUGACCAGCGCACGAUUUUUGGGUAGCUAUGGCUGACGUCAACCACGGUCUCCUUUGGCUCAAGGCAUCUGGUGUUUCUUGAGCUGCGGCGAUCAAUCAGUCACCAUAUCACCUUCUUGUGCUUUUGGCCAGAGUGACCUGUUUAGGAGCACUCCUCUCUCGUUCGGUGCAAGUGCACGAGGUAAGUGAGUGGUCGGGACGCGCACGGUGCACAGGCUAUACGUGGUAACCCGGGGAGGCGAGAAAGGGGCCAGCGCGCGUGAGAGAUAGCGUGGUGGUUGACGUCAAACGGGGAGCAAUGGCACGAGUGCCACGCGAGCCUAUGGCAUGUGGCAGGAGUGCGGAAAUAAAGGGGCUCGUGGAGA